AUGGCUUCAAACUUGGUUGUGGACGGCCUCAAGGCUGCUCUGAGCCCCAAAGCUGUUGUCUAUCUCGUCGGUCUCUGGAUUGCCUAUUACGUCGCCGUUGCCUUGUACAACAUCUCGCCAUUUCACCCCCUGGCGCGCUUCCCUGGUCCAAAGACCGCAGCUGCAUCCUACUUGUACGAAGCUUACUAUGACUGGUGGCUUGUUGGGAAAUAUGGCAAGGUCAUUGCUCGGAUGCACGAACGUUAUGGCCCCAUUGUCAGGAUCAACCCCGACGAGCUUCACGUUUCCGACCCUCACUUCACCGACGAGAUCUAUGCCGGUCCGGGCCGCAUCCGCGACAAAUGGCAACAUCAACUGAACACGGGCGGUGCUGGUCCUGUGUCGGUCACUGGCUUUUCCACUGUUAACCAUGAAGUACACCGCAUGCGCAAGGGCGCGUUGUCCAGGUUCUUCUCGCGCCAGCAGAUGCUCAAGCUUGAGGGGGAAGUGCAGGAGUUUGCACAACUCACCGUCGACAAGAUGCUCCGCUCAGCCGGCAAAGGGCCCUUUGACGUCAAAGAAGCCUUCAACUGCUUCACCGCAGAUAUUAUGUCGCAGUACGCUUUCGGUGAGCCCAUGGGUUUCAUCGCUCAGGAUGGCUGGGAACCCAACUUCGCCACAUGGGUCAAGUCUUUCUUCAAGAGCGCGUACAUGAUGAGACAUAACGCCCUCGGCAGAAAAGUGGCGCAGGUGAUGCCCAUGAUGGCUGACUACCUGGGCGAGGACAUCAAGUCGGUCAUGAGACAGAUGAAUGUGGUGAUCCCUGGCUACAUCAAGGCGGCAUUGAACAACCCUGAGAACGGUAGAGUGUUUGCCGAGCUUAUGGAGUCCAAGACACUACCCGAAGAGGAGAAGUCCAUGUACCGCCUUUCAGGAGAGGGGUUCAACUUUUUGCUUGCUGGAACCGAGACCACUGCUGCCACUCUGACUGUCAUCACCUACUACCUUCUCGCCCAGCCCAAGACUUAUGCGCGCCUGAUGGAGGAUCUGCAGGACCUCAACCCUUCCAAUCUGAAGUGGACCCAGCUCGAGCAGAAGCCAUAUCUUUGGGCUGUCAUUCACGAGUCUCUGCGCAUGAUGCCCGGUGUUUCGCACAGAUCCGCAAGAAUUGCCCGUGAGGAGGAUCUCGUCUACAAGACGCGUGAUGGUAAGAAGGAAUGGGUUAUUCCCAGAGGUACCCCUGUUGGUAUGACAUCGAUGAUCAACCACUGGGACAAGGAACUGUUCCCCAACCCUGAUGAGUUUAUUCCCGAACGCUGGUUGGUCGAUGGGCAGCCAAACUACAAACUUCAGAAAUACCUGCUUUCCUUUGGCAAGGGCAGCCGCUCUUGCAUUGGCGAGAACUUGGCCUACUGCGAGGUAUACAUCAUGGCGGCUCUGAUGGCCAUGCGUGUGAUCCCCAGAUCCAGCUUGUUUGAUACCACUGUUGAAGAUAUCUCUUAUGAUCACGAUCUCAUUGUGGUUCAAACCAAGAAAGGCUCCAUUUCGGUCAAGAUCCAGAUUUCCUGA